AUGCCUCAGCCAGCCCCCAAAUCCACCAAGGUCCUUGACCUCCUCAGCCUCAAGGGCAAGACGGUCAUUGUCACUGGAGCUUCCGGCCCCAAGGGCAUUGGUAUCGAGGCGGCCCGCGGGUGCGCCGAGAUGGGCGCUGACCUCGCCAUUACCUACUCGUCGCGUCCGGAUGGUGCCAACAAAAACGCCGAGGAGCUCUCCAAGACGUACGGUGUCAAGGUCAAGGCGUACAAGCUCAAUGUUGUCAAGUACGCCGAUGUAGAGGCAUUUGUCAACCAGGUUGUCUCCGACUUUGGCAAGAUUGACGGUUUCAUUGCCAACUCUGGCAUGACUGCCGACAACGGCAUCAUCGACUCGACUGCGGAAGCCUGGGACAAGGUUAUCCAGGUCGAUCUCAACGGAACGGCCUAUUGCGCCAAGGCGGUCGGCGCCGUCUUCAAGAAGCAAGGCCACGGCUCGCUCGUCCUCACAGCCUCCAUGUCCGGCCACAUCGCCAACUUCCCCCAGGAGCAGACCUCGUACAACGUGGCCAAGGCUGGUUGCAUCCACAUGGCGCGCUCCCUCGCCAACGAGUGGCGUGACUUUGCCCGUGUCAACUCCAUCAGCCCCGGCUACAUCAACACCGGUCUCUCUGACUUUAUCGACCAGAAGACGCAGGAUCUGUGGAACAGCAUGAUCCCCAUCGGCCGUCCCGCCGAGUCCCCCGAGCUCAAGGCGGCCUACGUCUACUUCAUUUCAGACGCUAGCUCCUACACUACCGGAUCAGACCUAGUCAUUGACGGCGGUUACACGGCUCGAUAG